AUGAAUAGGAUUAAAAUUUUCAAGAAACCUCUACCAUUUAUAUGUUUACUAAUAAAUGGAUUUAUAAUAACAAAUUAUUGGUUUGAAUAGAUAAAAAACUAGAGAAUUAUAGCCAAAGAAUUAGCUAAUGAUCCUAAUAGAGUUAUUGAAGGCGAAUACUGGCGCCUCUUUACUUCAUUUUUAACACAUAAAACCAUUUAUUAAUUACUCUUAAGUUCUUAUUUACUCAUUAUGGAAGGUGCUGCUUUUGAGAAUUUAAUUGGAAGUGUUACUUAUUUGGUUUUAUUUUUAGUUAAAAUGUUUUUAGUUUCAGUGACUUAUUGCAUUUGGUAUUUAGGUUUAAAAUAAAUAUUAAAAUAUAAUGAUGAAUUAAUUAAUCCAUUAGCAGAAGGGGCUUGGAUGGUUAUACUUAGUGAUUUGGUUUCUCGUACUUUUGCAAAUCCUAAUGAACUCAGAAUUUUUAAAACAAUUACUAAUAAAUUCUAUACUCUUAUACUUUUAUUAAUUGCAUUUUUUGUUUCUUAUCUUGGGGUACAUGUACUAGCUAUAAUUGCUAUAGCAUUUAUUGAGCACAAAUGCUUUAAUGGAUUGAUAAUACGCCCAUACAAAUCUCAUAUAAAAUGUGUUGAAAAAUACACAUUUUUUUUAAUAUUUAAACACCUUUUUAAAUUCUGCUUCGUAUCUGUUGAUGAUGUUAACUAAAAUUUUUUUCGCUUAGAAAGUACUGAUUAAUUUGAAGCUGUUUAAUAGUAAAAUUAAGUAAGUGUGAAUGAGUCUUUCUAUGGGAAUAGCAAUUAUCAGGGGAAGCUUGCUAUUUAAUAAAGCUAUUACAGCCAGGAUGUAAAAAGGUGGAAAGAAGAAGAUUUUGAUGAAAAUUUAAACGAUGAUGUUGAAAAUCCACAAUAAAAGCGUGAAGAAAUCGAGGUAGAAAUGUAAUGA